AUGAAGUACAUCAGUGGCAAGCCUUUCGUUCAAACCAUUGCUAGUGAUGAUAAAUGGGUAAUGUGUGAUUACAAUAAGCGACAAGCCAAAUGGGUUGACAAAGGCGCUCAACCACCAGACGUCUCGAAACGUGAAAUUCGUGUUAAAAAUGGGAUGUUGUCGGUAUGGUGGUCUACCAAAGAAUGGAGUGACAUAACUCAGACUUUAUGUGGAUCUCCAUUGGAGAGGAACGCAAAGGUUUAUUUUGAAUUUUUAAUUAAAAUUCGCAACCUCAUGCGGGAAGGAAGACCCAGGCCGAUCUCGGUGGAUAUGUCUAGACGAUUCUGCCUUAUUCACUGUAUAGCUCUAACCUUCUACUUUCUGAUUAUUACCCAUCCAGCCACUUCUAACGUCAUCUUGAUUGACGAAAAUUUACUUCAAAACAACGUAUCAAAAAUAGGUUGCUUUGAUUUUGAACUCGCUGUGACCGGAGUUCUGGAAGGAAGGCAUCCACAAUUUAGUGGGGCAUCGGCAGAUAGUCAUUGA